AAUAAAAUAAUGCUAACGAGACAACCGCAUCCCUGAAGUUCAGGUUUUCAGGCUCGCUGCCAUUAUGGAUUGGACCCACCCUACAUGCAACAGGAGUACAUGGGACUGGACAUUUGAAAAUCAGUGUAAAUUAACAGUUUAAGAAUGAGCAGCAAGCUUUGAAUUCAAUCAUGCAGGAUUUGGCUGUGCUUCAUAAGGCCAGUCGUCCUGCACUGCCCCAGCAAGAAACAGGAAAACCAAAGUCAUCUUCACCUAAAAAACAGAAUGAUGUUAGAGUCAAAUUUGAACAUCGAGGUGAAAAAAGGAUACUCCAAUUACCCAGGCCUGUCAAACUUGAAGAUCUUGUAGCUAAAGCUAAGGUUGCGUUUGGACAGACUAUGGAUUUACAUUACUGCAAUAAUGAGCUUGUAAUUCCGUUAACCACACAAGAUGACCUGGACAAAGCUGUUGAACUACUUGACCGUAGUGUUCACAUGAAGAGUCUCAAGAUAUUGCUUGUAAUACAUGGAAAUACACAGUCACCCAGUGUAAAUAACGUGGAACCCCUUCCCUCACUGGAAGAUUUAGAUAAUACAGUGUUCGGUGUGACAGAAAGAAAAAGGAGGCUUUCUGUAUUAGGUUCUAAUAAUCGUGAUAGGAGUUCGCCUCCCCCAGGCUACAUUCCAGAUGAGCUGCAUCAGGUGGCUCGAAAUGGGUCGUUCACCAGUAUCAACAGUGAGGGUGAAUUCAUUCCAGAAAGCAUGGAUCAGAUGCUGGAUCCACUGUCUUUGAGCAGUCCUGAAAAUUCUGGCUCAGGAAGCUGUCCCUCACUUGACAGCCCUUUAGAUGGAGACAACUAUCCCAAAUCUCGGAUGCCGAGAGCACAGAGCUAUCCAGAUAAUCAUCAGGAAUUCUCAGUAGAUUAUGAUAUCCCAAUAUUUGAGAAGUUUGGAAAGGGGGGAACUUAUCCCCGAAGAUAUCAUAUUUCAUAUCAUCAGCAAGAUUACAACGAUGGUCGUAAAACUUUUCCAAGAGCCAGGAGGACGCAGGGGAACAGCUUCCGGUCACCUGUUAGUUUCAGUCCCACUGAUCACUCGCUGAGCACCAGUAGUGGGAGCAGUGUCUUCACUCCAGAAUACGAGGAUAACAGAAUGAGGAGAAGAGGAAGUGACAUUGACAAUCCUACCUUGACAGUCAUGGACAUCAGCCCACCCAGUCGCUCACCACGAGCUCCAACUAAUUGGAGACUUGGCAAACUGCUGGGUCAAGGUGCAUUUGGCAGAGUGUAUCUGUGUUAUGAUGCUGAUACCGGAAGAGAACUGGCUGUUAAACAAGUACAGUUUGAUCCUGAUAGUCCAGAAACUAGCAAGGAAGUAAACGCUCUUGAAUGUGAAAUUCAGUUGCUGAAAAAUCUGCUGCAUGAGAGGAUCGUUCAGUAUUACGGCUUCCUGAGGGACCCACCAGAAAGAACACUCUCUAUAUUCAUGGAAUACAUGCCAGGGGGGUCCAUCAAAGACCAAUUAAAAUCGUAUGGAGCACUCACAGAGAACGUGACUCGCAAAUACACACGGCAGAUUCUGGAAGGAGUUCUCUAUUUGCACACAAAUAUGAUUGUCCAUCGAGAUAUUAAAGGAGCAAAUAUUCUGCGAGAUUCAGCAGGCAAUGUGAAGCUGGGUGACUUUGGUGCCAGCAAACGACUGCAGACCAUCUGUCUGUCUGGUACAGGAAUGAAGUCUGUCACGGGAACUCCGUACUGGAUGAGUCCAGAAGUUAUCAGUGGAGAAGGGUACGGCAGAAAAGCAGAUAUCUGGAGCGUAGGUUGUACAGUGGUAGAAAUGCUCACUGAGAAGCCCCCAUGGGCAGAAUUUGAAGCAAUGGCUGCCAUCUUUAAGAUUGCCACUCAGCCAACCAAUCCCCAGUUACCACCUCAUGUCUCAGACCAUGCUCGGGAUUUCCUGAAAAGGAUUUUUAUCGAGGCCAAGCUGCGACCAUUUGCAGAUGAACUGCUAAGACACACGUUUGCACACUAUCACUAACAGCCUGCCUCAACUCAGCUUGCGUCUGCUGCAUUUAUUUUCUAUUUGACUGCACUUUUAUUUUUUAUUUUUUACAAAAAGGAAAAAAAAAGACAAGAGAGAGAACGCGUUCUCUUGAAUCUUUGUUUCACUUAGAUUGUAAACAAUCUAAAUUUUGUAUCUAAAAUGAGAAUCUUCCCUUCCCUGCUCCCACCAGGACUAGAACUUCUUGUUUCUAUAAUGUACUGAUGUGGUUCAUGUAGAUAAAGCACUUUAGUACACAUUUGUUCCUUAUUUAAAGAGGGAAAAAUAAUAGAAAUGAUUGGACAGUCAGGAACUGCGUGAUUUUUUUUCUGACACCGCUGACUGACUCAGGGUGCAGGGAAAAAGACAUGCAGCCAGAGGACAAGAAGGUAUUUCUCUGUGAUUGUUUGUUACGUUACAGGUACUUGCAGCAGAGAGUUCUAAGUUCUUAUAUUUUAGCAAUUUAAUGAGUUUCUGCAUUGUGUAAUUUAAGCGGGAUCACAUGGUUCUGAGAGUUAAUUAUAAAGCUGGAAGAACUUGGAAUUCUUUGUACAAAAGCAUGUCUUGACUGGUACUUCUGUGUGACCAAAAGAAAAUAACAGUAACAAAAAAGAACUCAACACUGAUGAGAUAGUUCUAGACCAAAAUCACUAUUGUAUAUUCUUAACAGGAAAAGAAUUACAGGUAAACAGAUGAUGGACCCGAUCCUAGGAACUACUGUACUGCAAGAGGAAUAUUUCCAUAAUAGAAAAGAGUCAGCUGUUGGAUGUAAAUAUUUAGGAGAAUGUCUCCUGCUGUAUCUGCCAAAGAAAAUCCUCUGUUACAUACACUUGCAGGGAGACUAUCAUGUUAGAUAAGAAAUAUUAGAGGUGUUGAGAGAGAAUUCUCCUCCAUGAUGCCGUGAAUGUCUGGGGGAAAGGGAGUGACUGAUCCUUCUGCAGUAUGAGCUACACGAUUCAGAACGAUCUGUAGGAAAUAAUGUUGAGGGGCGCUAGGAUGGAAUGUAUGUCAACAUCAAGUGCCUAAAGAAUAUAAAAUCCUUCCCCUUAUGCACUGUAAGCAUUGCUUUAGUAACACAGUUCAGUCAUCUAGGAUGUUAAAAAUUCCUCAAACAAAAUGAAACUUAUUUUAGCGCUAGGAAUAAGUCACAGAGAAGAAAGACCCCGCUUUAUUUUUCAUAAGGUAAUGAUGAUCAAGGAGGCACAGCACAAAGCUGUGUGAAGGAGAGGCCCGAAGCACAGAGCCCCAGCAAUCAAAUAGCAUGAGCAUGCUUAGCCCAGCCUGGUAACCCAGCUAUCAGUGUUCUUCAGCUUUCCAACUGUCAUGAAUUGAACAUUAAUCAACUUUUUCUCAAAGAAAAUAAUAAAAGAACAAAGGAGAAACUCUGAAUUGGAGCUUCUCAUUGAGAAGUCCUGGUACUGAUCAGAGAUAGUUAGUAACUGAAUUUUAUAGCAAAAAAGUCAAACUCUCAUAUUUCUGUGGAACACAACGUAAAUAACUUAAAAGAGAAUUUGGAAAUAAACGAUUGGACUGCAGAACUGAGUUAAUGUAUACUGUUUGGAUGAUUCAUUGUUUGCUUUUGUUUUAAAAAAACAGACCAGGCUGAUACUGUGAACCUUGUCCACUCUGACAGGACUGUGUUAUUGUCCCCAGGCUCUGCUCUGUUUGACAUCUUUAGGGGAAUAGAAGAAUUAUGAAGUGCAUGGAGGCAGAGUAGUAAAUUUACCCAUUCUCACGCUAAUAAACUCAUGGGAGUUCUGCAAUUGUUCUGCUAACUUCCAAAUUUGGUACGUGAGCUAAAAUAGGAAUGUGAGUCUAUCCUAGCUGCUUGGCCUGUAGAGGAGGAAGAAUGAGUUCUUGGUCAUCUCCUCUGAGGCUGAGUGGUGCCCUCUUCCAAUUAUUAGAGCUAUCCCGGACUUCAACCUUUGUCAGUCAGGGGACGCAACCAUGCAAGGUGUUCUGAGUGUGGGAAGGACAAUCCUGACCAGGGAAGGUUUAGAAAGCUGAAAGGAAAGUCUGCUUCUGCUGACUGACUUAGGGUUUCUCUGUCACUGGAUAAAAGCUAUGAAAGCAGACUGUGGGAAGAAUUUGUGCAUGCUCUGCUGUAAGGGACCUUUGCUUUAUAAACAAUGUUUAGUGAAAGCAAUGGAGGGAGGUUUAGCACAGAGCCUAGUUUAUGUAGCUAAUUUAAAGAUCAGAUAAUUGAAAUGAUUGCUUUCAAGCUGAUCAAGAGGGUACCAAGACCAAGUUGAAAGUACACAGAGAGAAAUCAGUUGUGGAUGGUGAUAUCUGCAAAGGCAAGGAAACUUUGUAUUACCAAAAAAGGACUUUAAAGGGAAACAACCAGGUUUACCUGUAACAUUCUUAACAUUUAACGAUGCUCUUCUGAAAGGAAACUGCACUCUCUGGAGCUUGAAAAUUUUCAGAAUCCUUUUUUCUAAUAGAGUCCUUUUUGUGAGACAGUGCUGGCUCAUGUAUAUUGCAAUAUCACUCUCUCAUGAUUUUAAUACUGAGUAGUCAAAGUCACUGCUUUUGUGCCUUUUCUAAAAAUGGCAUUCAGUCAUGACAAUGGUAAGCAUUUUGGAACCUGAAAAAAAGGAAAAAAAAAAACAAUUUGGAGAAUGCAUUUCUCUUGAAAUAUCCAAAAACUGCUGACGUAGAGACAGCACUUUUUAAAUGAAGGUGGCUUCUGGCAGUUCCAGCAGUUUUAGCAAAAUUACUUAACAGGAUUAGGCCUGAACUGUUUUCUUUACCCUAUAGAGAAUUUGUCUACUGACCUAAGUAACUUGCAGGAAAUUGAGGUGAUGAUUACCAUACGUACUUUGAGCUAGGAGCUAAACCAGACUUUGACCAAGAGGUUAGCUAAUACUCAUGCCCUUGCACGUUGUACUUCAACACUGUUGCACUGGGGUGAUAUAGUAAGCCAGUUUGUGUUAAAUAAUGUAAUACAUCUGCAUAUGGUGUCUGUAAAACACUUCAUUGACUACUGGCAUGAUAAUGAACAAACCUUAAUUCUAACAUUUCAGAGGACGUGUGGGGUGGUAUGCUUACAGCUCCGUUGGCAGGUUUGCAGAAAUAGUCCCUUCUCACCACUUCUGGUGUCUUACUGGCGAAGAUAGCAGCAUUUUAGAGUCCUCAAUUGUUCUUAGUUGUCAAAUCCAAUAAUCAGAUCAAGCCAAUGAAAAUAACACUGCUGCAGGGUUAUGUUUUGCUUUUCUGUAAAUGCUGUUACGAACCUAUGCUCCCCAAAAGAAUCCAGGUUCACAGUGAGUACAUGUAUUUGCAGAGGACUGACUUACCUGCUGAGGAGUUUUAGUAUCAUAUUUCACAUAUUAAGGAACAAAAGUUCAGCUAUUUCUCUAAUAUGGCUUAACUGGUGUAACUGUCAGUCCUGUUAAACUAACUGCUGGUAGAGCGGGACUGAAAGCUUCAGUCGUAUCAGAGCAAAUUGUUUUAUUAUUAAUUUGGGUGAUGGAAAUAUCUGUGCAAGGACUUACUAGAUCCAUAUCUUGUUAAGUGAAUAGGUAAAUAUACAUCGACUUCUUUUCUUGACAGCUUAGUCUUUAUUAGCUUGAUUUACAGUUCUCAUUGUAGCUUAACAGCCUUUUCAGUGUAACAAAAUGGAAAGUUACUACUUAGCUAUUGCCUAUUGAAGUUGGGCUUUAAUGAUCGUUACAGGUCCCUUCUAACUCAAAUGAUUUAUGAUUCUACGAUUUAGCUGUAUGCCUUAAUUGUAUUCAUAUUGUAAUAUCGCAUCGAUAUGCUGUGGCUGUCGUACAACUCCAUGUCACCAAAUCGGUAUUGGAGAAUACCCCAAAGUGCCCCAAACAGGUUUCCCUUAUCUGUGUUGGAAAGCAUUCUUUAGUUAUCGGCUGCAUCAGACUUUUAAAUUGAGAACUUUUAAAAGUGUUUUUUUGGAGCUCUUCUGGAGUGCUUCCAACUCAAGCACAGGUUUCAAAUGGGCACGUUGGAGACUGUAGACUGCCAUGCAGACCAGAAAAUGACUUUUCUCCAGCUAUAGCAGUGCUGUCACAGCUGGGAUUUAGCCUUCCACCUCUGGGUACCAGGCUCUGGGUUUCCUCUGGAGUUCUUAGUGGAUGUGAAAUUAUAGUGGGUACAUUUGUAAACAUGGUACUGUAUUAAUGGUUGCCUACUUUUGGUGCACAGGAGCAUUAUCUGCCUAAGCAAAACAGAUUUCUCAGCAAGGCUGAUGUUGUCCUGUUAAAUUACUGCCCAUUUCUUUUUGGCUGAUGCCAAUCCUGCCGUUGUCCUGACUGAAAGCCGCCUUGCAGCGCCCAUAGGUACAGCGCGGUGUAGCAGGCAGAUAUAUCGGACAGCACAGAGCAAUGUGUGACUGCAGCUUCAGAGACUUGAGCAAAUUGGUCAGAGCUACAGUUAGCUAUUAUUUUUAAAUCUUUAAAAUCUGUCCUGCGUAUGGAAAAGCAUAAUCUGUGUGCUGUUAUGUGAGUCCAUAUGGUGUUUCUGGAAAAGCAAAGUAUUACUGCCAGUACCAUUUCUUCCUGCUGGUAACUUGCUGUCUUGUGUCAGUGACAAGUCUGUAGUGUACAACCACAUAGGAUUACCAAAGCUUUUCUAUUCCCAUAGACACAGAGUCACAAGUGACAGUCCAUGGGUUGGUACUGUUACUUAUGGGUACACAUAUAUCCACCGGGUUCUGGUACACAGUGACAGACACUUCCCAUGUUUAAAAGAUUGAUGUUAGAUGCUGCUUUGGUGUGCAAAAUUCACGCACCAUUAAAAUCAAGGGUUUGGUGUGGUGUUUGUUUUUAUUUUUUUUCCUUCUUUUUUUUAAACUCCUUUUAAAUUAAUCAUAUUGUUAUUCUGAAAGAAAUGGAUAAGUGGGGUGACUAAACCUGGUGCUUCUGUAGCCAGGCCUGAGCUUUGGAACAUCAUAAAGAAGGGGCUGUGACCUGCACUGCUGUGUGCCACAGCAUCUCUGAGCUGCUGGGAAGCAGCCUUACAUGAGAUCCAGGUGUCACCCACAGCCACGUGGGUGCGGGGACAGAACUGCCACCAACCUGGCUUCUAAAUCAAUACUCUCGAUCAGAAACUAAGCAACUCCUUUCUCUUUUUAUUUUCCCCUCCUGGCCUUCCUAAUUGGCGUGACUUAACACUGCUGGGUGAUGGCCACUGAAAGCUCCCAAGGAGGGUUUGAGCCAACCUGCAGCUCGAGUGCCCGGCCCCGUGCCUCAUCCUGCAGCAGCGGUGAGGAGCCGGGCUGUGCAGGGCUGCAGCUCCAGGGCAGGGCUGCACAGGGCCCUGCUGCCCGGGGGUGGCAGUGCAUGGGUUUGGUCUGUCAGAGGGUACACGCGCGUACUCUGGGGGCGGACAGAAUGGAGGAGGUCACAUUUCUCAUGUUCCAAAGGAGCAGUGCUAGCAGUCUCGCCUUGGCUAGACCUCAGGUUUUUGUGAACUUACUUUAAAGGGAGAGGAACUGGAUUAAUAUACAUGAAAAUUCUCAUGGUUCAGUCCUUACUCUGAGUCCAGUGAUGAGGAGUGGAGAUCAGGGCCCGCUGUCAGAAGAUACAAGGACGCUUCACUCCAAAGUGGAUACUCCCAGGAAACACUUCAGAGGUUUCCAUGUCUCUUACUCCAAUCACAGCCCAUCCUUUUCCUGAAAGGUUAUCUCACGUGGGUUUAAAAAUGAGGGUUAUGUUUUGGUUGCUGAGCAGGCGUUAGGCUGUCAGUUCCCAGUGUUGGUUUCUCAUACGUACCAGCUUACGGUUGGUAUCAGUCCUCCAAUCCCACGCUCCAUUACAGCCUCGCCUCUGUCAUCUCAGCCCUCCCACAGUCAUACGAUGGAGAAUCACUGUAAAUACAUGGAGGAGACGUAGAUCAGUCGGAACGUAGACUUUGUUUUCAUGAAGCUAUGAAUAAAAAUUUGUAAAUUUCUCUUGUACAUUUUUACGUAGCCAUUAAAUUCUCUAUUUAAUCUAUCAGUUUCUCACUGUAAAUGUUUUUACUCUCAGUUGAAUGCUGGGCACAGUUUGUAAUGUAUGUACACAAAGGUGUUUUUUUCUAUCAACGUUGAC